UUUUUGGUGUCUUGCUUGCACUAAAAUUCUGGGCUUUGACUCUUGAUCAUUGAUUCAAUUUUCUUUCUUCGAGAUCACACAUUUAAAAUAAUAGGUUUGAGGGCUCUUUCAAUAGGGUUCAUUUUACUCUUUUCUUGUAGUUUCCACUGAGAGCUAUGUUCAAAGGCCUUAUUUUGUCGUGCUGAGCCAUUUUUCUAGAUAGAGGUAAAGAAAUGGGAGGAGAAAGGCGUUCCUUUCGUACUUGAUUAAAUGGGAUCAUCUGGGUUCUUUCUAGUAUGCAUGCUUCAUUCUGUGAUAGCUCUAACUUGUGGAGCUUUAAUGAUGUUUUUCACAAAUGAGGUCACCGUGUGUGGUCAUGGCAUUGAAGUAGCAACGAAGCUUAAAGGGUCGACGUCACAUGGCCAACUCUUGAUCCAAACCUCCGAAUCCUUUUCUGGGUUGCUUUUAUUUGCUGUUGGAUUCCUCUUGUUUAUGGUAGCAUUUGUCAAGGACAGAGAGUUCCAAAUUUUCUUUGCUAAAGGUUGUACCUCGCUUCAUGUUUCAGUGGCCUUUUGGAGAGUUUACUUCGAGCAGAAGCUUGAAGAUCUGGCUCAUGAUUUGCCUAGACUAGUUGUUGGUGAUAUUGCUCUGGCUCUUUGAUGGGUUUUCUUUCUUGUGUAUUCAUGGAGAGAGAAGUAUCAUUAAGAAGCUACAACGGUCAGAUAGUCCAUCAUUGAAUAAACUUGAGCUGGUGUUGGUGUAGCUUUCUGGGUUCUACCAAGUGGGGUUUCAUUUUUCUUGGCUACAGGUUGAAUCUGGAAGGAACUUUAGAGAAAUGGAGGCAAGGGCCGCAUCGGAUUCUUGAUUACUGUUUUCUUAAUUCUUGAUUGGUUUCCAAGAAAAGUUGGAGAUGGGAUCUGGGGGUUGUCUGUUGUUUUCAACUGAGAAUCUGCAACUCGAGAAGUUACUUGCGCGCUCCAAUAUUGGCUUCUUGUCCACCUUCAAUCUAAUUUGUAAAUCAAUCUUAUUCAAUUUGUUUUUGCUGUUAAUGAAACUUUUUA